AUGAAUUCAUUUUCACCUUAUCAUUCAACACCGACUGACGUUUUUUUAAAACGUUUUCGUUCAUGGAAACGUCAGUAUCUUCAUAUAAUUAUUUAUACUUCAUUAUUUUGGAUAUUUGUUGAUGUAUUUUUUAUAAUGUUAUUUUCUGAUUGUACAAAAGAAAUUAUUCUUCCUUGUCAAUCAUCAUCAUUAUCAUCUUUAUUAGCUAAUAAUAAUAAUUCAGGAAUAAUCGAACCUAUUAUUCCAAUACGUCGAAGAAAAUAUCCAAAUAGAACAUUAUAUAAUAGUCAAACAUCGAAUGCAAUAACAAAGACUAGUCGUAUUAUUAAUAAAUGGUGGGAAAAUCAAUCAGGAGCAACAAAUCCGCCAAGUUGGCAUGGUGAAGGUGGUCGAGCUGUUGUUAUUCCAGCUGAAUUACAAGAACAAUCAAAAAAACGAUUUAUAGAAAAUCAAUUUAAUAUUCUUGCAUCAGAUCUUAUGGCACUUAAUCGAUCAAUUAAAGAUCAACGAUCAUCCAAAUGUUUAGCCCAUAAAUUUCCAUCUGAUUUACCAACAACAUCAAUUGUUAUUGUAUUUCAUAAUGAAGGUAAUUCAACAUUACUUCGAACAUUAACAAGUAUUAUUAUACGAAGUCCAAUUCAAUAUAUACAUGAAAUAAUUAUGGUUGAUGAUGCUAGUAUUAAUCGAGAAUAUCUCAAAGAUACAUUAGACGCAUUUACUAAAGAAUUACCUGUCCCAGUACAUAUAUUAAGAAAUAAUGAUCGAUUAGGAUUAAUGAAAUCUCGUUUGAGAGGUGCUGAAAUAGCUAAAGGUGAUACAUUAACUUUUCUUGAUGCUCAUAUUGAAUGUUCACCUGGAUGGCUUGAAUAUUUAUUAUAUGAAGUUAAAAAAGAUAGAACGGCUGUUGUUUGUCCGAUAAUUGAUGUAAUAAAUGAUAAUGAUUUUGGAUAUUAUACUGGUAGUGAUAUGACUUGGGGAGGAUUUAAUUGGAGAUUAAAUUUUCGUUGGUAUCCAGUACCACAACGAGAAGAAGUUCGACGAAAUGGUGAUCAUUCAUUACCUUUACUAUCUCCAACAAUGGCAGGUGGUUUAUUUACAAUCAAUCGUGAAUAUUUCUAUGAAAUCGGUGCUUAUGAUCCAGGUAUGGAAGUAUGGGGUGGUGAAAAUUUAGAAAUGUCAUUCCGUGUUUGGCAAUGUGGAGGAAGAGUACUUAUUCAUCCAUGUAGUCAUGUUGGUCAUGUCUUUCGUAAACAAACCCCAUAUACAUUUCCCGGUGGUACUGGAACUGUUAUUUUUCAUAAUAAUAAACGUCUUGUUGAAGUAUGGCUUGAUAAAUAUAAAGAUUUUAUAUAUGCAAUUAUGCCUGAAUUAAAACGUGUUCAGGCAGGUGAUGUUUCUGAACGUCUUGCACUUCGUGACCGUCUCAAGUGCAAAGAUUUUCAAUGGUAUUUAGAAAAUAUCUAUCCUGAAACUUCAUUACCAAUCAAUUUCCAUCAUGUUGGAGCAUUAAAAAAUGAAGCGCACGGUUGUGCUGAUUCACUGGGCUUUAAUAUUGAUAAUGGAGUUAAUCAAAAUGCAGGCAUUUUUCCUUGUCAACAACAAGGGGCUAAUCAGAUACGUACUGAACCAAUGUCUUGUUUGACUCUCCAUAAUGUAUUCGGUAGUCAAAAAGGCAAUCGUACAGCUACAUUAAAUAUAGAAACUUGUUUGGAUCGAACGGAAUCACCCAUAAAUGCAGCCUAUCAGAUUGUGAUAUAUUCGAAAAAGGGUGAAAUUCGUUUUGAUGAUCUUUGCUUCGAAGGUAGUGUAAAUAGUGUUGUUAAACUACAAAAAUGUACCGAAGGAAAUCAAAAACAAAUAUGGAAUUAUAAUAAUGAAACAAAACUUAUGAAACAUGUUAACUCUAAUCAAUGUUUGACUGUUGAUGAGAAAAAAGAUAAUGGUAAAGUCAAUGUUGGACCCUGUGUUGAAGGAAAUCAUGCACAACAACGAUGGUAUUUAGAACGAUCAGUGAUAACAUAA